AGAUUUUAUUCCCGCCAUUUUGUCCUCUCGUGUGUUCGAAGAUUUCGCCAAUGUAGAUUUUUCGAACGAAAGAGAAUAUGGCGACCUCAAAAAUCUCACUCGACAAAGACGCCUUUUUUCGACGAAUCAAAAGGAUUUACGACGCUUGGAAGGUAAAAAUUUGGGGGUGUUAUGUGGGUCAGUGAAGUCGUUGUAUUUCGUCACGACUUCGUCUUUUUAAUUCGUUCGAUGCGCUGUCUUGAAUUUCAGAAAGAGGAGACGACGGAAGAUAAUGGUACAAACUUUCCAAGUGUUGAUGCAGUUGUUAUUGCAGUUGGACAAGAUGAGGACGUUAUUUAUAGUAAAUCGACAGCCAUCCAGGUAAAAUAAUAAUUCCAGUGUAAGUACGGUUUGUGGGUUUUCGUAUUCACAUGUGAGCUUAUUGAGUUGUAUCAUAAGUACGUUGUACAUGACGUAUCUACCCAACUUUUAGUAAACGAAAUGGACAUUUUGCAAAUAUUUUCCAUGCAAUGUCAAGCAGUCAGUUGAGCGGUUUUCUUUAUUUUUUUCAGCAUGUAAAAUUUUGCUUGCUGUGAUUUGUCGAUAUUUAAUUGGGCCUUUAUGACAUUUUAUCAAAACCAGCGAUGAUUAUCAUUUUUUAUUCCUAUUGAGAGAUGUUAUAAAUUGUUAUAAAUGCACCAUAGUCCAGGAACUUGUGAAGAUGGAUCAAUUGGCUAAAGAAACCUCACUUAAUACCAAUGCCUGUAGGAAUUAAAAAAGUGUACGUUUGUAGUAGACAAUAUAAUUUGACAACUCUUCAUAUUUCCCUCCACUCCCUCUGCAUUUUUUCAAAUCAUAAAUAAGCAAAAUUCUUUAAAGAAGUCCAUAUAAAAAUCUGUCUAUUUCAUGUUGUUUGUCUUUGUCUAGCAAUGGUUGUUUGGGUAUGAACUGGCAGAUACAGUUAUAGUGCUGUGUGAAUCUUCAAUUCACUUUCUUGCAAGCAAAAAGAAAAUUGACUUCCUGAGGCCUGUUCAAGACAUGCAGAAAAAAUUAAGCAGUUCUCCAUCAAUAGAGCUCCAUCUGCGGGACAAGGUGAUAAGGAUUUUUGUACGCUGUGACUUUCGAGUGACCUUUUAGUAUUGCAUAGUUUACUACCCUACACUUAACUCAGGGUUCGCAAAUACGCCAAAUGUGGCGUAUUUUAUGCCAAAAUUGUUCAGAUGACUCCACUGAAGUUACGGAGGGAGUCACUUCGACUCCAAAAAUUUUUGAUAACAAACAGGGAGCCACUUUGACUCCAGAAAUUUUCGGUAACACAGUUUUGUCCUUACCUUUUUCGCAACAAAUACAAUUUACGUUAGUUGCAAACGUUGUAAACCUUAAUUAAGUCAUCGAAAUUAAAGAAUUAUACUGCAUGACAAAACAGGAAGAGGGUAAAUUACGCCAUCAUGGAUUUGAGUUUUCCAGGUCAGCGGACCACACAGCUACUUCGUGUAUCCCUCACGAUAGUGUAUACAUGCCAGGACCACGUGCUGGAAAGUCUGAUACUUGACUCCAAAUAUUCCAAAAUGACUCCAAAAUUUGUGAAGCAGAAGUCAAACUGACUCCACUCAUCAAUGAAAUUUGCAAACCCUGUGACUUGAUGUUUCAGUGCAUAGUUGGUGCCGAUUUUAUAUCACAUAGUAUUUUUGUGAGUCCCACAGCAGAAACAGAAGAGGAAACAGCAGACAUUUCUCAAUACCCCCACUGGUUUCCCCACAAAAUAACAUCUGAGUAACAAGCGCAGAAAUUUCGUAGUGAUGUCAUGUCUUUCUUAUUGUUUGUGCUGCAAGGGAAAUUUGCUUCAACCAGUCAGAAGCACUACCAAGAUCAUGUAGUGACAUGUCACUAGUAUGGAAUUUCUGUGUUUGUUCCUUAGACAUCAUUUCAACAGGAAACCAGAGGUGGCUUUGCAAAAUGUCGCCUUUUUUCCAAGGUUAACUUUCAGCAUUUUGUUCUCCUUUCCUUGUAUCUGCUGAAGAUGGGCUGUACUGCCCUUUGCAGAUCAGACAUUUAGAUUUAGAAGUAAAAUUAUGUAACAGCUAAAUAAUAUAUAUACAGGUGUAAAUGCUUAUACAGUAUUGUGUAGUCAUGUACUUUAAGUAAUGUAAUGAAACAGACCUAUAUUUUUAUUUCACAGACCGAUCAAGACAAGGCAAAUUUUCAAAAACUUGUCAAGUCAAUCAAGGAAAGUAAAUCUGUAAGUAGUUAAUAAAUGCAGUUAACAAAAAAAUCGAUAUUUCGAACAGACUUUGACUGCUUCAGUGUACAUGUAGUACAAAGAUUAAGCCAGAUUGAAGAUUACCAUUUAAUGAUGACUAAUGAAUUAAUAAUAUUAUACUAAUAAAGAACUUGUUAACUGAACUUAGCUGUUUUGUCAACCAGGAAAUAGACUUAGUGUUCAACUAGUGCCUAGUGUUAAUUUUAAGUGGACACCCAGUUGCCCAUAAUAAAGUGGUGCAUGAAAAACACAGAAACGUUGCUUUUGUUAAGCUGUUAAAUAGCUUAGUGCCUUGUAUUUUCAUGUGAAGCAAAAGGAGAAUUUAACAGUGCUGGAAAAGUAACUCAUGGCCUUAUACUGCCACUCCUACUACUUGCAUUCUUAGCUUGCUAGGGCUUUUUUUUGCUUGUUUUUGUUAAUAUUUUGGGUACGCUUUGUUUUGUUACAAUGUAGUCAGUAUACAUGUAUUAAAGUUUGUAUGUCUGAUAUAAUGUAAACUGUUCUUGUUGAAUUUUACUUUCAGGGGAAAACAGUGGGUGUUUUUGUGAAGGAUAAUUUUCAAGGACAAUUUUUGGAUGAGUGGAAAAAAGUGUUUGAAAGUGAAUCAUUUGAGAAGGUCGGUAACAGCAUUUAUAGUAUAUCAUCUCACAAUUUUGGUGAUAAAUAAACUAAUAAAUAUCGGGUGUGUUAUUUCAUGGGCAUUUUCUUUUUCACAUGCUGACCUCUUCUAUUAGGCCAUUUUACAGCUGGGUGCUGAGUGAAUAAUGCACCUAUCAAUGUAAACCCUGUGGGGGGGGGGGAGUGCGGGCAAGGGGUGGGGAUUUGACAAAUUUUAAAAUUUUUCGAUCAAAUUCCCCAGAGUGGGAAACGAAAGGUCAAUCAAAAGUGUCAAAAAAGCCCCCACCCCAGGGGAAAAAAUCUAAACAAACAAUGCUAUAAUACUAUAUAAAACGAAUAAAAGAACAUUUCAAACACGUUGUUACUACUUUUAUUUACAGUUAAUGGAAGCUCCAUUAAAUUACUCGCUGUAAUUAAGUAUUUUCUCUCUCCACUAGCAUCUCUUAUCUUGAACAACAAAAUCACUUCAGGAAGAUUGACCGUGCUGUAUAAUGUUAAUAAAACGUAAAAUGCUUUACAACAUCUGCUCAACAUGUCGGAACAGGUCGAAUCAGUGACCCAUAAAAAAUCCUCUGACUUUCAUGGUGGAAUUUGAUUUCAAUCGAGUUUUACAAUCAGAUGGGAACUUGAAGAUAAAAACUUCCUCAAAAUAGACAUUAUCUAUGACAGUUUAAAGUGUCGGAUUAUGGCGAUUAAAACAAAUGAAAACUUCAUACCUUUCUCCAACAACGUGACUUUCAGGAAGCCUCGAGGGACGGACUUGGUAACUGCUUCUGAAUUGAUACCAGGCUUCUGUCGGUCAAAGUCAAAUGUCCCGACCCCGGGGUCGCUUCGCACGAUCAAAAGCCCAACAGCAGGGAUAGUCCCAGGCAUCAAAUCCCCUCCCCUUGCCCGCACUCCCCCCCCACGGGAUUUACAUUGAUAGGUGCAUAAAAGCGAGGCUGGAGUCAGUCUCCCUCGCAGUUAAUUUUGUCAUGUCAGAGCAUUGUGAGGCUGGAAGUGAACUUUUUUGUUACAAACCUUUCUGCUCUUCAUGUACAAAUCAUGUUAUUCUCAAGGUAAUAAGCCUAUGAACAUAAUCAUUUACAUGUGAAAAACAGGAAGGUUUGUAGCUAACCAUGGUCACCUCCAGUCUAUUGACAGGCCAUGGCAUUCUGCAGCCGCAGGUGACUUUAAAGUGGCCUAUUCAUGUUCUGUCUUUUUCCCUGCAUCAGAGACUACUCCAACUAUGAAAGGCUCCCAUAAAGACAAAGCUGUGCGUGUAAACAUUACCUUUGAAGUAAACAAUAAUAGAUACAGUGCUUCUGGAGUGUAUACAACAUACAUUGUAUACCCAGUUGCUAUGAGAGGGGAGGAUAAGCAGUAGUUAGCAGAUACCACCCAGACUCCAAAUUUGGAUGAAAGGCCAAAAAAAAAAUCAUUGGCCAAGAAUUUGAGACAUAGUGUGUCUUGUAUGUAUUUUGCUACUCUUCUGCAUUAAAAAGCUGAAACUUUGUAUUGUUAUUUUACAGGUUGAUGUCAGUAGUGCUGUUGCAUAUGUUAUGUCUGUAAGAGAAGACCAAGAACUUAAUCAUGUCAAGGUCUGUACAUUAUUUUGAGUAUGUUCUGAUGGCAGUUGGAUAGAAAACUAGAUAAAUUAUUAGAGCCUUAUACAGGAAUAGAUUUAAUAAAAAGCAUGUAUGGUAAACAGACUUAAAGGGUAAUCCUUUUCCAGUGACAAACUUUGAUAUGAGUAUCAGCUCACGACCCUAGUGGUAGUCCACUAGGUCAUGACUUGUACUGUAAAACCCUACAUGUAUCUCCGGACUUAGUUUCAUUGGACAAUUUAGUUUUUGCUCAACAAAGUACUUGUAAGUGAAGAUACAUGUAAAGACAGGAAGAUGUAUGCAGGUUAUUUACGUACAGUGUAUACUUACAUCUAACAAUUUUAUUUCUGUAGAAAGCUGCUCAAGUCUCGUCUGACAUUUUUGUUAAAUAUUUCAAGAAGCAAAUCAUGGAAAUUGUAGAUGAUGAAAAGGUAGGAUUAAUAAUAAAGGCCCUUGUUACAGGAGAGUAAAAUACACUUUUAUGUGGCCCAUAAGUGUAUAAGUUGUAUUCCAUUAAAAAUAAGUUUUGUCAUCAUUAGUUUUUCAGUUUAAAAGAUUUGUAUGUGAUAUUUUUGUCGGUUGUUUUUAUAGAGGGUCAAGCAUUCAAAAAUUUCUGAUGGAAUAGAGGGAGCCUUGGAGUCCAAGAAAUUUUUAAUGGCUGGCAUGGAUUCUGAUCAGGUGAGAAUUAGCACAAAGUUGCAAUGAUAUUCUAUAUUUGAAUUUAAUUUGUUUUGUAAAGAGGUUUACCGGUUCAAUUUUCAAUAAAUUCGUGGAUGCUCUGGAGUAAAGACAGUUUUUUUUUUAGGUUGAGAUGUGUUAUUCCCCCAUUGUACAAAGUGGGGGAAAAUUCACCCUCAAAUUUAGCACAGUCAGGUAUGAAAUAUUAUUACCAGUAUAUGUAUAUCUGAAAACAGUGCAUUAGAGUUGCUCUCUCUGUAAAAAAAAUAUAGUUGAUGACUAUCACAAAUGCCAAAGUAAAGUAGUGAAUGUGAAAACGAAAAAUGUGAAACAACAACAAUUUCAUUAUUUUUUGCCAACAUUAAUUUUAAUGCGAUAAUGUCGUUUGAUAAUUUUUUUGUUUUUGUAUCUAGUAACGAUGAGAAGCUUCAUUAUGGUACAAUAAUCUGUUCCCUUGGUGUGCGGUACAAGUUCUACUGUUCAAACAUUGUUCGGACAAUGUUGUAUGAGCCAACAGAGGUUAGUGUCUCAACAACUGUAACUGAUUUUUUCUUCAUGUAAAGCAACAGUACACAUUUGGAAAGUCAAGUUUUUGGUUGGGCAUUGAGAAUUAUUAUUUCUUUGUAACUUUUAGGAACAACAAGACAACUAUAAUUUGCUGUUAGCAACACUGGAUGUAAUUUUGGAUAAGUUAAGACAUGGUAAGUUGUAAUAGUUUUUUGAACUUUACACUAAUCAUCUGUUGAAUGAUAUUUUGUAGGACACAGUUGAACCUCCUGUAAGCAACCUCCCAAAAUGCCAAGAUAUAGUGGUUGCUUCCAGGAGGUCGUGGCUUAUUAGAAUCGACCACAGCAUAUGUCUUUCAGGAAGGGUCUGUUCACUCUACCUUUUGGAAGAUAAUAUAUUGCUUGGGCAUUUCAGUGGGAACAGCAGGGCAUUAAAAUGGGCUUGGUUUUUCCUUCUGACACAAAUCUUCCUCUGGCGCACACAGUGUGAGAGCAAGAUAUAAGAGUACGUGCAAAAUUGGCCAGCGAACUGAACCAAAGCACAUGGCCAGUUGGUGAGCAAAGCCAUCUGCAUUGAUUGUAUAAAACUCAGCGAUCACAAGAGUGAAUUCCGUCAUUUCUUAUACACAAAAUCUUUAUACCACAUGCUGUAAUUUAUCUCCAGACCUACAGUUCGAUCAGUAACUGACUUUUCGAGACAAUUUUACUAAUUUUAUUUUAAUAAACUCUUCCGCUGAACCUUAUCAAGAAGCCUUCUCUAAGUAGUGAGCUACCAACUAAAUUUGAACAAAGUGUUUUUGACCAACUCAAGAGUCUUGUUAAAGAUAUUAGGAAUGUCUCCAUUUUUAAGCUUAGUUGCUUUGCAGAAGAUGAAUUGGGUACUUCCAUUAGUUUUUGUUUUUGUGUAACUACAUUCUUGCUCUUUGCUUUGAAUUGUCAUUGAUUUUUAUCUUCCUUUGUUUUUAUGACCUCUACUUUACAAUUACUGCAAUCUAAUACGUAAUGGUCAUGCAGCCACCUUUUUCAGAUGUUUUUCAAUAUUAGACUGUUGUUAUCUCGAUAACCUUUGCCUUUGAAGACUUUGAUUUCUUAGGUGAAGUUUUCUCAUUUGAACUUUUUUAUAUGGAGACUUAGACUUGUAUAACAAUAGUGCAGUAAAUGAUUUGACCCACAGUUAGCAAAGGCUAAUCAAGGCAGGUCAGUUCUUAAACAGUUAUAUGCAUCUAGUUGCAUGCAAUUUCUAAGUAGCAUUUGUGCACUUUCAUGCUGCCACUAAGAUUUCUUCGUUUAGUCUGAGAAGUGUGACAUCAGAGAAUCUGCUUAUUUUUCAGGAGUAAAGCUUUGUGAUGUUUACAAUGCAGCACUUGAACAUGUUGGUAAACAGAAGGCUGACCUGCAAAACAGUUUCGUGAAAAAUGUUGGGUAGGAACAGUUUGUGUCAUUCCUUAAAUUACCUUUUAAGUUUUCAUGCAAGGCUAUGCUGAGGUUUAAUACACUCAAGCAGCCUGCAAAGAAAGUUGUGUCCAAUAGCCCUGGGCUAGUGGAUUUUGCCAUUGGGCUAGUGAUUUUUGUUCUUAACUUGCCCGACAGGCAAGUGCUGUUUUUUGGGGAAAUUCAAAUUACAGAAGGAUUGUAAUCAGUCCUGCUAAUCAAAAAGGGUUUGGGGGCUACUUGAAAUGACUUGUGGCUAGUACAUGCUAGCUACAGCUUGCCUGAAUGGCAACAAUUAUUGAGUGACAUUAAUUUUGUUAUACAUGUACCUGGAAUUGUACACUUUUUCCUUGCACAAUAAUUAUUUAACUUAAGUGUGUGUUUUUCCUUUUCAGGUUUGGAAUGGGAAUUGAAUUCAGAGAAGGCUCUUUGCUAAUAAGUUCAAAAAAUACCCAUGUAGCAAAGAAAGGUAAGAAUAUAGUCAAGAUUUACUCAAAUGAGGAGGUCUGCCAAGUAACUGGGAAUGGAAUAAUAAAAUAAAUAAUUAAUGAUAAUAAUAAUAAUAAUAAUAAUAAUAAUCAGUGAGCUGUAAUAAUGUUGGUAGAUUUUUACCUACUUUGUAUGUUUCUUUUUUGAGAUUCAUUCAUUUGGUAGUAAUCAUUGUUAUAAUUGACUGAGCAAUAAACUGUUGGUUAGGUUUGUGAGCCCGACCUUCAUCCACUCUUGAUCAGUGUUUGAGAACUCAGUUUGAUCAACAGAGGCCUCCUCCCAGACAGUUUGAGGUAGACCUAAGAUACACUUGGUUUCCAAAACAGUUUUUACACUCUUAAAGGUUGAACCAGAAAUGUCUGUGGAAGGGCAAUAUCUUACUGAAGAGAAUUCACUGGAGGCUGAAGGGUGGUUUGAGAGAGAUCUUUAAGUAAAUGUGUUAAUGGCAUAUUUUUUUGUAAUUUUGAAAGAAAGGGAAAUCAAGCAUCAGAAAGCUCAGAACAAAAUAGUAGCUCUAGAUGAGAUUCAAACUCACACCUUUCGAGUUCCAGAUUACAUACUCUACCACUGAAUUUGAGGUGUUAACCUCUGGACCGCACACUCCUCCACACAUAUUUAUGUACAAAUUUACAAACAUUUUAGAUCCAGAAGUCUCAAAAGAGGCUGGCUGUGUUGGAGACUUGCUCAAAAUGGGCUGUCCACCAUCCUACAAGACCAAGGCUGUACAACUUAAUUUUGAAAGAAGGGGACUGUCAAAACUACAGUUUGCUGUUGUAAACUGAUCAAAUGAUCUACUUUUUGUCAAUAGGUAUGGUUUUCAAUGUAAAUGCAGGGUUUUCAGGGCUGGUUAAUGAGAGUGCUGACAAUAGUGAAGGCAAAAACUAUGCUUUGUUUAUUGGGGAUACUGUUGUAGUCAAUGAGGUAAGAUUCUUUGGCAUACUGUCAACUUCUUUGUAAUCAGUCAUAGUGGAUAAUUAAGUUUUAAAUGUAAAUUUUUUGUAUUGAAGAGCUUGGUUCACGGCUUUAAUGGGGCAUAAUUAAUUCCCUCCAGAUCCUGAAAGUUUGUGCCCCAUUUUCAGAAUUUGCCUGAAGCAGACAUUUAUCUGUUGUCAACUUUAUUUCUUCCCAGGAUGCUCCUGCUUCUCUGCUUACUGCAGCUAAAAAGAAAAUUGCAAACAUUGGUAUCUUUCUCAAGGUUUGCUUGUCUUUUUUUUGCUUUGCAAUAGUAUUAAUAUUAUCCUCAUGGAUGUACAGCCCUCUCACAAGCUAUUUAAAACACAAUAAGUACAAACAGGGUUGUCACUAAGAUUUCAAGUUGCCGGGUAAAUACAACAAGUUGGCAGGGAAUCAAACGGCUAGGGAUUUCUUUUGGUUCUAUUUUUCUUCUAUUUUCCAAUUAAAUUAGCCGGGGGCCACCCUCUUAGUAGCCGGGGAAAAUCCCCGGCCCCCGGCUCUUAAUGACAACCAUGACAAAAUAAAGAAAACUUGGCAAUUUGUUUUGUUUGUUUGUUUGUUUUUGCAUGAAGGUGGGGCUGAUGUUAUCUUCAUUAAUUUUUCUCGAUUUUGCAUAGGAUGAAGAAGAUGAAGGGGAAAACCAGCAAGAGAAUGGCGAGGUAUGGUGUCUAAAAAUAACUACAUGCUUUGGGCACUUUAUAAACUUGGUUCAUUACUGUGGCAUUUACUGGUCGGCACAGCUAGGGGAAAGUAUGUGGAGGAUUAGUGACAUAGUGGUCAGGGUCAGGUUUUUUUUCUUUUUUCAGGCUGAGGAAGAUUAUCUUUUGGGUCGAGAAGGAAAAGGCGCCUUACUUGAAAGUAGAACAAGAGUAAGUGAUUUGUAAAUGUUGAAAAAAGAAGGAAAUAGGGUUUAAUAGAUUGCUCCUUAACAGGUUUUCUUCCUCACUCUUUAGAUAGGCUGUAAUAUAACUGUAUCAGGCAUUUUCUCCAAACUGUUCUCUAUGCAUUUCUUGUAAUACUACUGAGGAGAUUUUUUUCAUAAUCAAGACAUCAGUUACAUACAGUACCACUGUUUAUAGUCACCUUUAAUAUAAUCUUUGCUGUAAUCUUUGCACCUGAUUAUUUUAAUAACCUGUGAUAUUAUGAGGAGAGAUUACUUUCUCCUCACUUUUAGGGAGUACUUAAUGCAGGUUUGACCGUGCAGUUUGCUUUCUUUAAAACUUUAAUUUCCUGAAUUUUUUCUGCAGUAUUCUGAGCUGAAAACGUCUGGAUCGUCCGUAAGCCAUUUACAAUGAAUUUUUUAAAAUAAGAUUUAUAAUUAUUAAAAAGAAAAUUUUUGAAGUUGUUCUUCUUAGGUAAAAUCAAGUUAAAAUUCAGACCAGACAUGCCAGACGUUGACAUACAUGAAACACAGCACUGUUAUAUUUAAGAAAAGAAAAGAUUUGUAACAAUAAAUUAAAUCUUUGCACCUGUUAAUUAAAACAUACAUUGGUAACCUUCACAGUAGAGUAAAAUAAAUGAAGUCAACUGUAGUGAAAUGUUGUUUUGCAUUCAAUUUUACUUUCUGAUUAAGCACAUUCUAAUCUAAUAAAAAUUGAAAUAAAUAAUUUCUACAAUAUACUAAGUUAAACUCUGCAUAAAAUUUAAACUUUUCACUCUCAGUAGUGCUAACACAAAAACAUCAUGUAUUAAUAUACAAUUUUUGAUUUGCAAAAUACCAAGGAACAAACUGUACCAUGCAGUAGAAUCACCUUAAAGGUAUAAUGGUCGCAUUGAGAGAUUCUGUUGUCAGAGUUCAACAUGACAUAUAAUGUAUCUCAAAAAUACACGCUGGGAGUGAAAGGUUGAAUAUAAACUCUUACGAAAUAAAAUAUGAAAUAAAGUUAACAGUGCAAGUCAAACCUGUGAUAGAUUCAAUGUUACGAUUUUUCUUCUUGUCGAUAUAGUACUUUUGAAGUGAUCAUACUAUUUAUCUAAAACAGACAGAAAUGACUGCAGAGGAAAGAAGAAAGAAGCAUCAACUGGAAUUAAAAGAGCAGCUACAUGAAGAAGCAAAGGUUUGUGUGAUGGUUUACUUCACUGACAGACAACAGGCGCGGAUCUAGGAUAAAUACUGAUUGAUUUCCUAAACGAGUGCCAAAGGUGUAAGUUUCCAGGGGAGUGGGGGGGGUGGGGCGGUCCGGGGGCAUGCUCCGUGGGAGUUUUUAUUUUGGAUUUCAACUCCUUAAAGUCCCGUUACUUGGGUUUCCGAGUCAUUUAGACAGGAUAUUGACCUGUUCCAUUCUCCGGAUGAAGCCCUACAAUUUAGCGAUUAUUAUUAUUAUUAUUUCUAAUGCUGGAAAAUUCCGGAAAUUAGAAAAAAAAUUUCCAAAGCAUUUUCCAGAAAACAUAAAUUAUACUUUUUAUAAAAAAUCGGACCGAUUUCCGUAAAACAGUGGAAACUGGUGUAUGGAUCCGUGACUGGGCGAAGCGACACCAGGAUUAUUUCUGGAAUUGUUUCACAAUGAAAAGAAAAUAAUGUUGUGGGCCAUUUAAUCAAGUUUUCCUUGUAUCUUUUAAGGUCAUUACUAGUACAUGGCCCCUAAAGAAAUAUUAAUAGUGUAUUCUUGUCUGUUAUAAUUGACACCUGGAUUCAGGAACCUCUUGAAGAAAUUCAUUUAGCUAGAAUUAGAUCCAAUAAAAUUAGAGAGUUCUUUAAACAGAGUCUACUACAACACUGAACUUCUUUGGCUAUGUUUAAAGAACUCUAAUUUUAUUUGCAUUCAGUAAAGGCCAGCUCAUCUCUGUUUUCUAUUUAAUUUGUUUCAAUAGAGGCGUCUUCUGGAGUCAAAAGGUGAUACCAACACACUUGCUAAGUGAGUUUGACUGGAUGCAUUACAUUUGUUUUUUGACACCUUCAGUCAUCACCAUCAUCAUCAUCAUCAUCAUCAUCAUUAUCAUCAUUGUUAUAGUCGUCAUCAUCAUUUCAACCAUACUGUCAUUAUCUUCAUUGUCGUCCUACUCAUCAUUAUCAUCUUUAUCAUUAUUAUCAUCAGCAUGAUCAUCAUCCCUAACCACGCUGUUAUCAUUACCACUACUUUUAAAAUCUUAAUCAUAAGUGUCUUUUUUGUCACAAUCAGUCGAUCAACGUUGUAGAUAAACAGUUUAUUUUCAUUGCCAGUUAACAUCUAUGAUCAAGUUUGUUUUUUUAUGUUUGUUUGUUUAUUUUAUAACUCAUGUGUCCUUAAAAAAUCUACUUACAAAGAAGAACUACACGGACAUUGUACUGUUGCUUUCUUUAAGGGUGUUUUUUUUGUUGUUGUUGUUUAUUGUAAUUUAUAUCUUAUCUUGUUUUCAGAGUAAAGCCAUCGAAUGUUGCUUACAAACACGCCUCAUUGGUCCCCAGAGAAAAUGAAGUGAGAGAUCACAAAAUAUUUGUGGGUAAGCAAUUAUUGGUGUCCAACGUACACGCUCCUGACACUCGAUAUUUUUCCAUUACAUGUAAUUGUUUUGUUCUCUAUUUUUUCUUUCAACCAGAUAAAAAGUAUGAGGCUGUAAUUUUGCCCUUUUUUGGAGUCGCUGCACCGUUUCAUAUAUCUACCAUCAAGGUGAGGGUCCCACGUGAAUAUAAAUCUAAGGUAUCUGGUCACCUCGCCACCAACUGCAAACCAUCUCGCCACCAAGGAUAAAACUUAGCUUUACCCAGUAUUUGGAGUAUUUUAAAAAAGCAUAAAAAGUUCAACGCAAAGAAAGUCAGUUAGGAUCGAAAGAUUUGUAUCUGAAUCGACUGCAAAUAAGCGUGACGAAAAAGUAAAUCUUAGGUAAGUAAUCGAAGGCAUUAAACUAUGUCAAUUAUUUGCGAGUCAUUCGUUGGUGGCGAGUCGACUUCUCUGGUUGCGAGAUGGUUUGGUGGCGAGAUGACCAUAAACCAAACCGUAAACUGCAGCUUGUAACCCCCCCCCCCCCCCCCCCCCCUUUUCCCCCCCCCCCCCCCCCCCCUAGUUAAAGGCCCAUUUACUUGAAAACAGAAAAAUACAUCCAAUUAUAAGCCAGUUUUGAUCAUCAUUGCCAUAGCUUGUUUUGAAGCGCCUUUUCUAUUCCGGUUAUAAGCCUCUCCGAUUAUAAGCCCUUUCGUUUGUAACCCCUCCUAAACCCCGUUACAAAGAUGUAUAAUCCCAGAGCUUAUAAGCGGCAGUUUACGGUACUUGCCAACUUGUCUGAGUCUCGGACGUUAAAUUUGUAACCUUGGAGAGCAAGGAUUUUCUUAGAUGUCCAAAAUCCAAAGAUGCCGAAGAUUUCCAAAUCUGUUCUGCAAAAGACUGGUGGUACUCUCUGACAAAGAGAACGUUAGAAUCUUAAACGUCCCAGAGAGCCAGCGGAAUCUGGAAGUCAGAAAUUGCAUGUCUUUAUUUUUUGGAACUUUUGUGAAUUUUUUUCUCGAAGGUUGCAGUAGUUUAAUGUUCUCGUCCAUGCGUGAUAGACUUGAUUUAAGUAAACACGAAUAAGGUUUGCUAGGCAUAAUUUUGCGACCAUUUACCGGCGAACUGAUUGUCGACUGCAGUCUUAAGUGAACAAGUACUUUUUGAUUUAAGAAUUGCUGCUGCAAUUUAGCCUGUGAAUACGGCCACCUAUCAUGCUGGGGACAAACGUCCAAACGACGGGGAGCGAUGAGAGGCAGCUGUAUUGACAGGCUUCUGCAGUCAGCCCAAAAAAUGCACUUUACUUCCAAUGUAUUUAACACGAAAGUACCAAUUGGGGACAUUAUUUUAACGUCACCCACUGGAGACGGGACCGCCAUUUUACGUGGUCAUCUGAGCCAGACAGUGAAAAUUGGUCCGGCCCCAGGAAUCGAACCCGCGACCUCCCGCUCUGCAAUCAAGCGCUCUACCGACUGAGCUAAUCCUACCUCGGUCAUAAGUACAGUUUACUCAGCGUAACCAUUGGCGUGAAGUGAAAUACUGUCAAUACAAAUAGGGAAGGAAUGAAAUUUUAAAUAAAACGAUGUACAGGGUUGUGAAAAGCUAUUUAUAUUUAUUUUAUUUGUGCUUCUGUGUUCCAGAACAUCAGCUCCAGCGAUGAAGGCGGAUAUACUUACCUUCGAAUUAACUUGUUUUGCCCGGGAAGGUAAGUGAGAAAGGGGCCAUUAUAGCGAAAAAUCUCCAACAAGACCUUUAAGCGUCAAAACUGUAAACCUGCAUGCAUCUCCCAUCCACUCUAAGUAACCGCAGUAGUUGUUUUCUUCAAAGCCAAUUUUUCAGUGGUGUUUCAAGAAACCAAAGGCGGAGAACAUAGUCUGGCCAAUCACUACAAAUGUCCGCGCAUUCCCCUGAACCAAUCAGAACUCGAAGUAACGUUGUUAGCCUGUGUCAAGCGUCUGGGAACGUUGCCCUCAGCAAGUCAUGGAUUCACGACUGGUCCUGGUUUUUCCCUUGAUCUGUCAAGCAAGUUGGGCAAAGUGUACAAUGGAAAAAAAGAAACAAAGCAUUCGUGAGAUUCCUUUCGUCCCUCAAUUAAAAAGCGUUUGUUUGUGGUUUGUUUAGCUCUGUAGGUCGAUCAGAAGGAAGCCUUUUUGCGCAGCCUGAAGCUACAUUUGUGAAGGAAGUGUGAGUGUUUUGUGUUGAAAUUAUCUGCUCAUUUGAAAGUAUUUUCGUCGUCACCUGGUUGAAUAAGCAGAGACCAUAUUUUUGUGCAGGAAAACAAAAAAAAAAUAAAUAAACGUGCGUCCUGUGUGAAAGCCGGCGGGGACAUGUUCACCCAAUAUUAAGUGCAUAGCUAGUGACAUGUACAUGAAGUGUUAGGAAAACUUUCUACCAUGGUAGACAAGUCUCAUUUGUUGAGGAUUUUCGACAAAGUUGUUUGAAAAACAUGACAGAAUUUUGUUGUUAUUAGAAUUAUUAGUAUUAAUUUAUUUGUAUUAAAUGAUUGUUCCUUUUUUAAUCUGACGCUCUUUUCUUUGUUUUAAUUGAUUAUUUCUGUUACAGUACAUAUCGAAGUUCAAACUCUAAAUCGGCGGGAUCGUUACAUCCUCCAGCUCUUAACCUUACCACGGCAUUUCGUCUGAUAAAGGAAGUACAAAAGAAAUUCAAAACAAGAGAGGCUGAGGAAAAAGAAAGACAGGUCAGUGAGUGACGUGUAGGCCCGGCGCUAUCUUGGCGGUAUGUAAAACUAACACCGAAGCCAGCGGCACACAUUUGAACGCACGUUAAUCAGCAUCAAGUAUUGAACUUUGUUGAUUGUUGUUCACCGACAUAAGAAGUGGGCUGUUUUCUGUUAAACAUGUUGCAACUUGUUGAGCAACAAGAUCGCUGGCCAUUUGUCAAGAAACAAUAAUUGAUGAACGAUGUCGAAAGUUAAGUCAUAACACUAGACCAAGAGACAUUAUUUUGCGUUAUCAGAAGACUUUUAUUAGACGGAAAUUUCAAUCGUGGAAGUUGUAUAGACUUUGUUGCCAAUAAGUUUAAUAUAUGUACAUGUACAGCCCUCUAACUUAAUUUCCAACGUACAAGAGGAGAUGUUCCCACGUUGUCAGUUUUCUUUGCUAAAUCACCUAAACUAACUCUAAUAAUGUUUUUUUUUUCCUGACUUACCAACCUACACUUAACCUUUUUAUUUCAACUGUGACGAGUUGGAAAAGAUGCACACUUCUACUUUGUCAGUUAAAAGGCGAAUGACCGAUUGUUUCUACCCUUCAAAUCGCAUAUUCAUGUUGGGUAGCUGAUUGGUUGAUCGUGUUUUUGUUUUCUAUUUUAGGGGGUGGUUCAGCAAGGCAACCUCAUUUUAAAUCCCAACAAAGGAAAUCCCAAGUUGAAAGAUUUGUACAUUAGACCCAGCAUCACCCAGAGACGAUAUCCGGUGAGUUUGUAUUUAUUUUCGUUAGUUCCCUCUCCUUGAAAAUAUUAAUAAAGUGAAUAACAGAGUUAAAACGGGAGAUGAAACUGUUGCUUGAUUAUUUGAAAUCUAGCACCCGUCUUUCUGCCUGACUUGCAAGCGCCAAAAAAAUAAUCAGCGGCUUUUUUUGUAAGCGUGUCAAUCGUUUAGAUUAGUUUACCUGACACAAAAUAUCUGGUCCAAAGAUAUGGUUUCUUAAGAUCGGUUUUUGUUCAUUCUAGGGCACUCUGGAAGCUCACACUAACGGUAAGGAAGUGUCUUUAUAUGUUUAGGUUUAUUAUUUAGAUUUAGCUCAGGACAAAGCUUUCAAUCACGCGUUGUUGUUGUUAUUAAAAGGACUAUCCUGUGCUUGUGUUAGUGAAAUCAUCAUCUCAGCUAUAAUUUUGCAAGUUGUAGUUUUUAUGUCAGUCCUUAUCCCAUUUUUCAUUUUACCGUGAUUCGGUUUCGUUUUGUCUUCUCGUCGCAUUGGUCUUUAAUUUGCAGUCAUGCAAUGACAUCUAUUUUUGUUGUUUUGUAUGUUAUGUUACACGCUCACUUUGGUCUCCCUGUAGGUUUUAGGUUUGGUAUGUAUCGUGGGGAGCAUGUGGACAUUUUGUACGGAAAUGUAAAGCAUGCUUUCUUUCAGGUAAAAUUAGUAACCUCUCUUUGUCUAGUUAUUGAUUUAUUGAUAAUAUGAGUUGGCAGGUGCUUUGAAAGCGCGGGUCAAACGUCAAUGUUCACAUAAACCGAACCUACUCCUCAGCUAAUGAUUGAGAACAAUAGAUUUUGCUCAUUAUCAUAAGUGAAGGAUUAUUUUAGGUUGAAGUUCGACGUUUGGACUGGACUUAACUGUAAAGGCAUUUUAGUAACCUUUUUGUUUUCUUUCCUUUUUUGCCAUCCAGCCCUGUGAUGGAGAAAUGAUUAUUUUGCUUCACUUCCACCUAAAGGUUUGUCAGAGUUUCUGCAUUUAUGUUUAACUUUUUACCCUAAAAACCGAGGUAUGCAUACUCCAGUUGGACAAUACCCCGUCUCAGAACAAUUUUACCUUAAUCUGCCCUUUUACCCAAGCUUCGAUUGGUUAAGUUAUUCUUUACAUAAAGUUUAAAAUACGUGUACGAUUGGAUAGUGUAAGAAAACAGCCGACUUUUUGCGACGCCACAAUUCCACUCACUACCCAGAUCUGGGCAGUGACACGUCAUCAGUAUGGAAUUUUUACUCUCGUUUCUCAGACGUCAUUUCGCGGGGGAACCAGAGGUGUCGUCGCGAAAUGUCGGUUGUUUUCUGAGGCUAUCAAUUGCAUGGCUUGUCCUAUUUCAUUCCAGAUAGGGUCUAGAACUAUAUCAUAAUUGCCCUUAAUUCCAGCUACAAUUGUAUCCACACUGGCUAAUCGUAUUAAAUUGAGUUCCAUGCGUUCCUUGUUAUUAAAUUUACGUUCUUAAAGCCGUUUUGUAUUUUACUGUCAAAGAUUUUUACUUUGUUUUGUUUGUCGUCAGCAUCCUAUUAUCAUUGGGAAAAAGAAAUACAGAGAUAUACAGUUUUAUACAGAAGUGAGUGCUGUUAAUUGUAUUGAAGAUAAUUGCUGUUGAUUUUGAAAUUUCUUCCAAUUCAUGAACUGUGAAUUUGCCCCUAUAUUAUGUAUGUUAUUUCUUUGGUAGGUUGGCGAAAUCACGACAGAUUUAGGAAAACAUCAACACAUGCACGACAGAGACGAUCUUCAGGCUGAACAGGUCUGUUAUCAUUUCUAAUAUAGCGCCGCCUAGUUAGCUUAGUUGAGAGAGUGCGGGUCUUCUGAGCUGAAGGUCGCGGGUCCAAACCUGAGCCGGACCAACACUUAAGGUCUUUAAGUAAUUGAGAAGAAACCACUGCAUUUGUAAUGACAUAUGCAUACGGUUAGACUUUCUUGACGAUAAACCGUAGGCCCAUCUCACAGCCCUUUCACUGUUCUGAUUCUUGUGGGAAGAACCCACUGUUCGAAAAGAGUAGGGGACGUAGACCUCGGCGAUGUGCCAACCUUUCCUGGGCUCGGUGGGUUAUCUGUAAGGAGCGAUCUUAAUAAUACAGGGAUAGCAUCGCGAUCCUCCUUCAGGUGUCGUAAUAGCUACCUUUAAACAGUGUAUGUAUGCGUUAGAAAAGUUGACAUCAAAAACAGUGGACUAACGUUUCUGUAAAUUGUUUUCUGAUUUAGGCUGAGCGAGAGUUGCGACAAAGGUUAAAGGCCGUGUUCAAGAGUUUCAUUGACAAAGUCGAAGGAAUUACUCACGGACAAGUCGAGUUUGAUGUUCCGUUUAGAGACCUUGGGUUAGUAUAGCCUGAGAAAACAGCAGACAUUUUGCGACGCCACCUCUUGCUUCCCCGCGAAAUGACGUCUGAGAAACGAGCGUUGAAAUUCCAUACUGAUGACGCGUCACUACUCAGAUCUGGGUAGUGCUUCUGAUUGGUCGUGCCGCGUGAAUUCCCAGAUCUGAGUAGUAACACGUCAUCAGUAUGGAAUUUCUGCGCUCGUUUCUCAGAGGUCAUUUUGCGGGGAAUCCAGUGGUCGCUUCACGAAAUAUCAGCUAUUUUCUGAGGCAAGGGUUACUAGAACCGACGAUGUUGACGUUGUAAAAGAGAAGUCAGUCAGCUGCAGUUAACUUUUACGAUUUGUUGUUAAGUAAACGCAUUUUUCGGUGGGCAAACACGGCGGGGUGGUGGUGGGGAGAGAGACCUGAAAAUGUUGCGGAGAAGUUCUCGACAAGAGGUCGUCGGAUUCAGGAAUUUUUAGUGCAUUUUUUUCAGCUGUGCGAAAGACAACAUCUUUGUGCAUCAUGUCUAACUUUAUUGAUGUUUAUUUGGCUAGGUUCAUGGGAGUACCCUCUCGAAGCACAGUUUUGCUACAACCGACAACACACUGUUUAGUGAACAUCACUGAGCAGGUACGAAAUUAGCUGGCUCCCGCUCAGACACUCUUUUGGCUCGUCACGCAAUCCUCCCCUACGAACGUGGGGGAAGAUUGCGUGACGAAGUCCUAUGAAUGUCUGCGAGGGAGGCUAGUGCGACAUAAAUCUUUUUGUUUGAGCUGCAUCAGUGCUGUAAUGGUCACAGGGCUGAAAAUUUGUGUUUUAACAAGAAAAAAUGUCCGGGUAAUCAUUAUUUAAGCCUUACGUACCAGAAAAGUUGUCGGCCAUAGAUUAUGUUGACUUUCGAUUUUCUUUUAAAAAAUGCUUUGUAAAUCUUCAGCUUUAAAAUGAUGGUGUUUUGUAUUUGAUCUGCGUGGAUCUUGUUCGACCACAGGCACUAGCAGCACUUAAAACUGACCAAAUUUAUUUAUCUAUCAUAACAGUUUGAACUUUGUUGGACUAAAUAAAUUGCCUAAAUAAGACCUACCGAGCUUACAUAAUGCGAACAUAUAAAAUGAACAUAGUUGGUUUUCUCCCCGAUGGUUGAGUUAAAAUGGCACUCCUUUUCAGAGUGUUUAAUACUAGUCCUUUUUCUCUUAACAGCCAACAUUCAUCAUUACUUUGGACGAAGUAGAACUUGUUCACUUCGAGCGUGUUCAGGUAUGGUGCUUACUAAAAUAUAGCGCAAUAUUCUCAGUCGUGGCGCACCCGCGAACUGGUGCCGCGAAAAUACCAAAAAAGAUUAUAGUUUCAAAUCAUUGUGAGAAGAAAUUUGCAGGGUAACGCAUUACUGCUCAUCAUCACUGCAAGCCAAUCGGACGUAAGACCAUCACACUUGUGACUUGCACACUUCUUUAAGUUACCCACAGCCUGCGAGCAAACUCUCCGGGGCGCUCUCGCGGCUUCCUUUUUCGCCCAAAAGCGCCACGAAAAGCUUGAUGGCAGGCUAGGUUACCCGCUCCGAGCGUUGAUUCUCUUGUUGAGUUUGGCGGAAAUGAACGUGUCCAUUUGUAUUUCUUUGUUAAUUUUAGGUACAAAGCAUCGCGUAUGCUGCUAACUUAGAGUCCAAAAUAUUGAAGUAAAAAAACUUACGCCAUUUUUCAAUUAAAAAACAGCCUUUUCCACAUGGAAAGCGGUAAACCUAAGCGCCAAAAAAGGGCGGAAAAAUCAGAAUCGUGUGGUGUUGUCUACAAAGUAACUUUGGGAGCUAUUGAGGAUAUAGCUAAAUAGAUUAGUUUUUAAACACGACCUUUUAUGAUGAUCUUGUGUAUAUAGAUAUGUAUUUUUUUUAACAUUUUUAAAUCUUUUUACACUUAUUUGUUCUAUUGUAUUCAUCGUAACUUUUUAAUCGUUUUUCCUGUGACAUUGGAUAUGUAUUUUUAUCUGAUGAACAAUAAAGACACGUUAUUAUUACUGUUGUUAACUGGGUACCCAUGUUACCGAAGGAUUUAGAAAAAAACACUGACUUUCUAUGACUGAAACCUGUUCCUUUCCUGUGCAUUUAGUUCCAUCUGAAGAACUUUGACAUGGUGUUUGUAUUCAAAGACUACAAACGAAAAGUUGAGCAUGUGAAUGCCAUACCUAUGACGUCACUGGAUUCUGUCAAAGACUGGUUAAAGUAAGUCUUUUGCUUUGCGGACGAACACGUUGCAAUACAGUAAUUUGUAAAGUUAUUUUGCUAAAGAUGUUCAGAUAGCUUGAGAAAAUAGCUGACACCAUACCCGCGAAAUGACGUCUGAGAAACGAUCGCAGAAAUUCCAUACUGAAGACGCCUUAGUAACCCGAUCUGAGCAGUGCUUCUGGUUGGUUGAAAAUUUGCCGGUUCAUCCAAUCAGAAGCACUACCCACGGAUGUGAGUAGUGACGCGUCAUCAGUAUGGAAUUUCUACGCGUGUUUCUCAGACGUCAUUUCGCGGGGAAACCAGUGAUGGUGUUACGAAAUGUCGGCUGUUUUCUCGGGCUAUACUUUCAAAGGAUAACUUAAAAACUGUUGCGAUGUCGCGCAGUCCCUUAGUUAUGUUGAGAAGCAAGGAUUGGCACAGUUGGCCUGAGUACGCGUCCACCUAAGCGGGACGUCCCGAGUUCGAUUCCUAGGUGUGACCUCAAAUCCUUGUUUCGAGUUCUUUCCUUUUCGUGUAGCUUUACGUAGCUUAAAACAUCCGUAAAACGGAGCACUGCUAGAGAGAGGCGGUUAUGAGAGCCACCUGUUUGUUAAAGGAUGAGUAUUUCGAGCUACGGAAGUAAAAUAACUGUUAUUACCUGCUUUUUUACCUUUUCGCAGCUCAUGUGACAUUAAAUACACAGAAGGUAUUCAGAGCUUGAACUGGUCCAAGAUCAUGAAAACGAUCAACGAUGACCCUGAAGCUUUUAUUGACAAUGGCGGAUGGAGUUUCCUUGAUCCUGAAAGUAGUGUGAGUUAAUUAUACUACCAAGACCGCUUGCCAUGAAAAAGUUCUAAUCUGCCCAAGCCCCCCCCCCCCCUUCCCCCCCACGACCCCCCCCCCCCCAAACAAGACCAAAAGCCUAUCUCCAGAUGAAACACAAAAAUUUGGAGCAAAAAAACCCCCUUGCCAAGAAAAAGUUCUAACCCGCCCAAGCCCCCCCCCCCCUUCGCCACCACGACCCCUCCCCCACAAAACAAGAACAUAAGCCUAUGUCCAGAUGAAACACAAAAAUUUGGAGCAAAUCAACCACGUUCGUUCAACCCACAAUCCCUUGUUUCGGCGUUCUUACGAAGAUUUUAAAGCUCGAAACGUCACCUUUUCAAUCUUUUAAGGCUUCAUUGCUACAGCUUUUGCUGUUUCUGUUGUUGUUGAUGGUGGUAGUAGUGGUGGUGGUAGUGGUGGUGGUGGUGGUGUUACUGUGUUGCGACCAUCACCCAUCCACCUCUCCCACCCCUAUACAUUAGGGAGCUUUAGCUACGACUACUUAAGAUGCUUUUAAACUUUGUCGAGACUAUUGCGACUCGUUAAAAAUGUCAUGAUCAAAUGUAAAUGAAUUGUCCCAGAAUUGAAUUCUUGGGGUCCUACACCAUGUUUGAGAGGAGAAACGAAAAUUCUUCAACUUGUUUUUACGUUCUCCGUAAAACGUCGCAUGAGGGAGUUGCACGUCGUAGGCGUGCUGUGACGUCAGAAAUGUACAAAGAAGUCUGAUGCACGUGCAGAGUUGUUGUUUUGCUUAUUUUGAUGUUCUCGUCGCCGUUGUCGUUGCUAAAGUUCCGUUCACUUCAAUGUUAUUUCAGGGGAGUGAGAAGGAUGACAGCGAAGGGGAUCCAGAGAGUGAUUAUGCUCCUUCAGAAGACGACGAUGAAGACGAAUCUUCUCAAAGCGAGUACUCUUCAGAGACAGAGACAAGCGAAUCAGGGUCUGGUAAGGAGGCGGCUUGGCUCAGUAUUGACAUUUUUAUUAUAUUGUUGCUUUAGUAACAACGUAUAUAAUCCUAGGCACAAAGAAAACGACAACUACACGUAUAUAUAUAGUAUAACAAAAUCAUCUUUAUUGUGUACCGAAACAAGUAAAGUCGCAUCAAGGGGAAGGCAAGACCGAGGCCGUUCCCCCCUGAUGCGGCCCGCGGGUGGGAAAAAAAAAGGGUGAGUUAUCAGGUCUAAGGCGAGGUAACAGUGAUGUAGCCAAUAACAAAACUAGCGCACAUGAUUAGGGGCAGAGUUAAGGCAUAACUAACAGAUGCUACCUAUUAUAUUGCCAUUGGACGGUAUACAAUACCUCCCAUUUUUCUUCUUUGUAGACUUUGAUGAAGAGAUGGGCAGCGAAGAGGAGAGCGGGAAGGACUGGUCCGAAUUAGAGGAGGAAGCUGCGAAAGGUAAACUGGAAACACUUCGAUUUGUAAUGGUAACAGGAGUGAAUGGAGUCCAAUUCGAUCUGUAAUCGUACCAGUGAUCAACAAAAUCGGAGUCUGAUUUGUUUAUUCACGAGUAUGACAGUACAGACCGAAUUGGACCACACGAAGUUCUGUUACCAAAUAAUCAUAACUAUAUAAAAAAUUUGUCAUGUUUCAAGAUUUUUAAAAUUAAAAGACAAGAUAUUCCGAGCGUUUUUUGCUAGUAGUGAAAAAAAAAACAUUCAACUACGCGCCCGAGCUACACUGUUCUGUUGGUGCUGAAAUCAGGACAGUUGAUAGCCAUCAAAUUUGAGAAUUUUGUUAUAGUUAUGAUUGACACUUAAAGAUGUUUUUCUCUACUAAAAUUGCCAUUUAGAUUUAGAACACUGAGUGAUAAAGCCAUCACAACAGGGUUGAACUCCUACUUCACCCAUUAAGUCUCAACAGUGACCAACAUCAGUUUCCUCCUUACAAUGUCGAUACAUGAUCGAUAUGUUAGGUUAUGGGAAUUAAGAAAAUCAUCAUUUAAGGGGAAAUGCACUGAUCUUUUAUCAAAUUCUCUCUACUAUAUUUUCAUGAAAAUCUAUGGGCUCCAGUUUGGAGAAUUUGUAUGUGGUCAUUAGCCAGAGAAUGCUACAUCCCAAGUAGUACAUAAACCUCCCACAAAAGAUAAGUGAAAGUGCUUUGAGGCGGAGCCUAUAGUUUUUCUUCCUUAUCCGAGAAGACUAUAUGGUCUAGCAAGUUUUAGAUGUAAAAAGGGCGACAACUCUCCUCAGUAAUUUUAAGUGUCUGAGUGUUGAUUCGGCUGGAGACCGACCCAACCAGUUGAUCAUUCUCACGUACCAAAAUGUGUUUUUCUUUCACCAGCCGACCGCGAAAAAGGACAAGAAGAAACGCCGACCAAGAAAAGGAAAAAGCCGAGUAGCAAACACGAUACUCCACGCAGCAAAAAACGGAAACGUUGAUCAAUACCAAAGUAACUAAGCGAUUCCAACCAAUUCUUGCCUGGAGCAGGGUGAAGCAACUUGCCAGGAAAUGAUGUUUUGGCGGUCUUAAGGAUGCCCGUGUGCGUAGAACUGUUUCAGAAGAUAAAGAGCGUUUUAUGGCCUACCGUAGACCCACACUGUUGGGCGCGUCAACUCUGUGCACUCUAAUAUUCCAUUCACAAUAACACUUAGGGUAUUUCUUUCGAUUUUGUUUUAUUUCGGUCAUUUUAUCUUAAUGUCUCUACCGGUGUUACAAGGCAUUUAGAAUAUUUUCUCUCUCCAGGAUUUGUUUCUGUAGUGAAAGUGUGAAUGAGAGGAAUAGUGACAGCCUGAGUUUGUAUCACGAAGGAUUUGCGCGGGUGAAAAGAGGUCGGCAGGCCGUAGGAAAAGAGAAAAUUGGGGAAAAAAUGGACCCUUCGUUCUUAGGUCUUUCUCUUGUCCCCUGUCUAAACGUUAGGUGUUUUGCAAAUUCAAUGUAAUUGUUGUGAUGGCUCACACAAACAACGCUCGCUCGAUUGCCAAAAACAGUGCCUUAACGGCAGGCUAACUUGAUAUCAAACUUUUUUUGUAAAAUGUGCCGUUUUAACUUCUAACUACAAGUUACCCAAAGCUGAGAUCACGAAACAACUUAAAAAUCCUUUAAAAUCCUAAAAAAUAUGAAAACUAGACGACACUUCGGACAGAUUAGGAAAAACUUGUACAGUUUAUAAACAUUGCCAGAAGAAAACAUUGUUCAAUAACUUUUAUUUCA